AUGUCCAAACGCAAAAGACGAGACUUGGAUUUAUCCAGUUCCAGUGGUAGUUCCGAUUGCAUUUAUGACUCUUCAUUGUGGAAGUUUGUCGAAGAGAAUUAUGAAUUCCUGAUGAAUGAUGACCUCCUUGAGCACUGCAAGAAUAACUUAUCUUGUGAACAAAUAUCCACACCAGCCAGCUCUUCAUAUGAAUCCUGCGUUAUUUUGUUGGAGGGUUUGAGUGAUUUGCUUCACAAUCUUCGUCAACGCAUACAAAGUGACGGUCCUGGAAACUUUCAAAAGUACUUAGAAACAACUAUCACAAAUGAAAUUCAGCAUUAUGAAAAGAGGAAACAUAGUAUCAUUAAUUCAAUACUGUCCACCUUAAAUGGCAAAUUCCAGAGCCCACUAUCAUCUUCAGAAUUGCAAAACUUUUCUAUGGCUUUUGAUCCAACCUCUGAUGAAUUCGACAAGAAGUCAAGUCAUGUUUUACGUACGCUUGGAGAUCUUCAACAGGAAUGGGAUGAAAUCAUUCACAAGAUUACACCAAUCAACCCACUAAUUAACCAAACCAAAUUUGUAGAAGAUAUUGACUCAGACCUAAAGAAAAUUGAUGCAUGGCUGGACACUUUAGCUUCUAAUUUACCGAAUACUUCAGCAUGGAUGACAUGUUUAAUGUCAUUGUCCAAUGUUCAAAAAUUUUCUUCAGCUAAAUAUUAUCAGGUUUGUUUGAAGCAAAUUGAACAAUAUUCCAAAACUUUAUCAACCAUUAAACAGUUAAUUGAUCGUAUUGAAAUAAAUACACUAGCUGAUAUACAAUUUCAAAAUAAUUUGCAUACAUUAUCAAAAAGUGUUUGUGAAUUAGAAGCGAAAUGUCAUACUCUAUGGUUACGUUUAUUGGAAUUGUCCAUUUAUAUUGAUCAAAAUAUUAAAAUCAAUUUGGACAAACCUGUAAAUACUGAUAUUUAUCAUGAUGCAUGUUUAACCAAUCCUAAACAUGAUGGAUUACAUGAAAACCAUCGGAAUGAUUAUUUAUCAGAAUUCAACAUUACAGAGAUUGGAACUCAUCAUGUUACACAACAAAAUGGACAUGAAAGCGGUUUUGAAUCGGAACAAAGUCCUCCACUAGUAAAACCAUAUUAUAGUUAUUCAUGCAAUGAUAAUAUUACUAGCACUGAUGUCUACAUGGUGAAAGAUGAAUUGGCACUUAGAAAAGACAGUACUCGUUCACUUCCAAAUGAUUUUAAUCAAAUUAUUGGAAAAUUGAAUAAUGGAUUAUUGAAUGAUGAAUCAAGAGCAAGAUGUCCUGAAACAAUAAACAUUGAUAAUAGUGUGAAAUGUUUAUCAUCUCAAAAUGAUUUAUGCCUUAAGAACAACGAUGGCUGUGAGAUUAACAAUUAUGAAGAGAAGUCAUUCUCUUUAUUGGAGCAACGGGAUGUCGAACAGAAUUCAAGAUUGGAAAUAUCUGAAGAGGAUGUUUUAUUGGAUAAUACAAAGAAUAAUUUUAUUAAUGUUACAAUGCAGACUAAUGAAAGUCACUUGUCAGAUUCUAAACAUACUACCGGUUUCAUUUUACAUCAAAAACAUUCAGGAGUAUUUAGUAAUAAAUUGGUUACUAAAUUCAGUAACUUGGAUAAAGUCCAAAAUUCCAAGCCAAUACACAAAUGUUGUUCGCUACCUGUUGUGAAAUCAUCAGUAACUGGAAUGAAUAAAUCAAAAAGUGUAGACUGGUCAUUUCUCACUAAUCGGCGUCAGUUGGAUGCUAAAUCAUACAAUACACAUGUCUACAUUAUGAAUAAUAAUAAUAAUAACCGUCUUAGGCGAACUACCAGUGGACAAAAAUCUCUGAUUAAUACAUACAACAAUUUACAUAAAUUUUAUGAUUUAAAACGAAUAGGAAAUAAUCAUCAGCUGACAAGGCAUUUACUUGACUUCAAUGUACAGCAUAAAAAUAUCAAAUCAAGAAGUACUAAAUUCUCCAAAAAUUAUCAUAAGAAAAAGGUAUUGAAAAAUAGAAAUAGCAUUUCUAGAAAAUGUAUGAGUUCAACUUCUCUAAAUCUAUCCAAUCAACUUACUAAUCCAUUGUUCAACCAUACUAAAUCAACUGUUUCACAAUAUGGUUCUGUUAAAACUCAACUAUUUCAUUUUGAUUCAAGAUCAGAUUCCGAUUCUGAAGUAAUUAGUAACCAAAGUUAUUAUCGUAAUUCCAUACCUGAUAAUGCCAGUGACAUGGAACAACGUCAGUGGCGAAUGCAAGUUAGAACAUAUUUGAAUGCAGCUGAAAAAGCUGAAGAAUUAAUUCGUAAUCGAUAUUCACCAACUCGAUUUGAAUCCUGGUUAGCUGGUUUAGAAGCUUCAAGUCUUAAACUUGAUGAAAAUAAUGAUAAUAAUAAUAAUCAGAAUCAAAAUGAGAAUGUUAAUAAUGCAACAAUUAAUGAAGAAUUGUCAGUGAAGAAAAAUCAAAAUACUUGUUACUCAUAUUCUUCAUUCAUGAAUGAUUUGGAUGGAAUAAAAAGUGAAAAGAACACCACGUUUACAGAUGAUGAUGAUGGUGAUGAUAAUAUGUCACCAGUGGAGGAUUCACAUGAUCCUUUAUUAAAUUUCUGGGAUGAUUAUCAAGCAUCAUUGUACUCUAACUCCACUGAUACUCAAGCUUAUGAACCGACAAGUAUCUAUGCUGAAGAAUUUCCAUGGGAUGAUGUUGAAAGUCAACUUAUUACUGAUAUUGAACAUGAGCUGAAUUCACCAUCUUCACAUAGUCACACAGAACCAGUGAAAUUUAGGAAAUCGAAUUCUGAUGAUAUCAUCGAGGGAAAUGACAAUUCCAAAGUUGAAGGACAAGAUACUAAUGAUAUUCUCUCUACAUCAACAUCAAUUUUAUUCAAUCAAAAAAGUAGUUUCGAUGCAAGCUUUGAAAUAUUCAAUAACACAUCAACAAACUAUACACGUGGAACAGAGAAUUGGUCUGCUGAGCAUACAGAUAAUUUACUCAGUCCAGAAUCAUCGGUUCGUGGGCUGCGUACAUGUCCUGAUGGUGGUUCACAACAUUUACUAAGUAUGGAUACAAUGGAUGCUGUAUCUAAUCAUGAAAUUCAAGACAUCAAAAAUCGAUUGCAGCCUAUGCGUAAUUUCAGUGAACAGCUGAAUUCUUCCAAACUUACAUAUCAUACUAGACAUGAUAUCAAACUGCAUAGUAAAUUGUAUGAAAGAAAAUAUCAAACUGUUCCACGUAUCACUAAUCGAAAACGUAAAGCUCAAAUUAAUUCAUUUCAAUUGGAAAAUCAAUCGAUCAAACGUGAAUUCUUGUCAGUUGAUGUUAAUCUUCAUCAUGUGGACAAUCGUUAUUUCAUUGAUAUUCAUAAAGGAAUUUUGGAGAAUUCUGAAACACGUCUUUUGCAUGCGGAAAUUUAUCUACAACAUUUAGUCAAUUCAAUGAAGAGAAAGAAUAAAUUACAACAAAAAAAUCUUUCGAAACAAGUGAACUCAGGUAUAUGGCGUCAUCGUACAGCGCAUCUAGUGCAAACGGCUGAAGCUCAUGUGAAAUUGCUUUCGAAUUUGCUUGAUGAUCUGAAGUCUUACUGUUCUUCUUGUUCAAAUAUCUCUAAUGUGUCAGAUGACAGAGUAUCAGCUUCAUUUACUCAAGAUUUAACAUCUUGUAAAAAUGAUAAUGAUUACAUGAAAAUUGGUAAUUUUGCUGAUGAUGAUGACCAUCAUUCACCGUAUCAUUUCAUCAUUUCGACUGCUUUGAAAUUAAAAUCACGAUGGACUAAUUUUGCAUCCACUGUACGUCAUAUUUAUCACCAAUCAAAUCAAUAUGAAACAUGGAAAAAACAAUUGUUCAUUCUUCAAUUACGUAUGCAUGAUUUAAGUAGAUUGACACGUCAAAUUGGUCUUUCAAUGUAUACAAGUAAAGAAGGGAAUAGUGAAAAUGACAAUCAUAUCAAUACUCAUCAUAUUUAUGAUUCAAUGAUAGAUGACGAGAAUCAGUCAGAUAAAAUAACUCAUAGUUUUAAAAGAUGUUUUCUAGAAGUGGACAGUUUGAAUUUUGCUCUAGAAGAAAUACAAAAUGAGUUGAAUAAAGAAAAUUAUCCGAUUCCAGUGAACAAUAAUAACAAUUCAAGCACAGUCUGCAAUACAAUUAGCUUAGAUGGUAAACUACUUCAUGAGAUUGAUCGUCUCUCAAGUCAGUUGGCUAUAAAUCGAUCCAUCCUUCAAAGACUUAUUCGAUUAUUUGAAUCAAAUCAUUCAAAUAAUCCUUCUACUCAUCAUUUAGAUAAUGAAUAUUUAACGAAUAAUAUAGAAAAUGAUUCAGAUACUCCUUGUGUUAAUACAGAUGAAAGUAUACAACAAGAAAAACAGGUCAGUGAAGUCAUUGUAAAUGAGCAUUUAAACAAAAAUGAAACUGAUGAAAUUUGUCAUCAACAACCAUCUGUCUCUGUUUCAACGUCUACAAAUGAAGAAAAAUCAUCUAUUUAUACAUCUAUUUGUAAUCUACUACGUCGAAUAUUUCCACCCAUCAAUAAUCAAAGUUAUUUUGUUCUCUUAAUCAGUGGUUUCAUAUUCUUAGUUUAUUUGUGUUAUUAUAUUUUCACCAAAUUAAUCACAUGCAACAAUAAUUCACGUCGUCCUCUUUGCCCUACUACUACUACUACUACUUCUACUGUUUCAUCAUUACGAUGCUUUUUCAGUUCAACCAAUAAUCAUAGUAAUGAUCAUCAUAAUAAUCCUCAUCAUAAUCCACUUAGUCAAAAUGAUAAUAUUCAUGCUGCUACUAUAUUCAAUCGAUGUCCAUUAGAAAGAGACAGCAGAGAAAGGCGUACUGAACUGAUGAAAGAGUAUGCUUUAAUUCGACAUACCGAUUCUUAUGGGAAAAAUUCAAUUUCUAAUAAAGUAAUUCAAUACGAUGUAAAUUUAAAAAGAAUCAAUGAAAAUAUAAGAAAAGUGGAAAAAAUGCAUGAAAUCUUGAAAUGUCAGUUUGAAAAACUCAAGCAAGAUGCAAAAACUGAAUCUUUAUGUAAUGUGAAUAAACUAUUGAAUCAUUCGCUUGAUAACCAAGAAUUUCAUCGAGUAAUUAGAAAAACAAAACAAAUUUUAAAUGCACACGAAAUAACUUUGAAAUCUAUAUCAUUCAAUGAUGAUGAUGAUGAUGAUGCUGAUGACAGUGUUGAUGAUAAUGCAAAGUAUGAAGGAUCACAUAAAUUAUCGAUCCUUACCAAAAUCAAUAAAGAAACAGUGCAAAACAACGAUAAUAAACAUGGAAAAAUGAAGGAGGAAAGUGACGAAGAGGUAAAGAUGAUGGAAACAAAAGAAUUGAAGCAACACAAACCGAUCGAUAGAAUAACCUUCAAAGAUGAUGAAUCAACGAAUCAUAUUGUCGAUAAAAUUCAAUCACCAAUAGUAUUAGAGCAUAUAAAUUAUUCAUCUGAUGAUUUUGCUAAACAACCUAUAUUGUUGAAUUCGAAUGGUUUAUUGAACAAUGAUCAUCAUGACAUGAAAUGUGACAGCAAUAAUAAUUCACAACAAAUAGUCAUAAAUAAUAAUGACGAUGAUGAUGAUAAUGAUGGUAUUCAAGAAAUGGAAGAUCAGGAGAAGGAAGAGAUGAAAUCUGAAAGUGUUAAUUCUUCAAGAGAUGUAAAUGAAAAUGCAAUUAUUCCACAAGAUCAGAAUUUAGAUCAAGCGUAUAAAGAAUUUUUAGCUAAAGCAACAUUCAGCAUUGAAGAUUCUACUUAUGAUCCAAUUAAUGAGUCUAAUCAAUAUGAAUCAGAAUUUGACUCAAAAAUAUUAAGAAAUAAUCAGAAUAUUAAUAAUGAUGAAAUGCAAGUAUCAAAUAAAUUAUUAUUUGAUUCGACAAACGUUAAUCUACUAUCAUCAUGGACAACAUAUAAGACGGAAGACUUGGAGGAUGAUAGUUUCUAUGAUUGAUCAAAUUAACAAUGUCUUCUUGAUUUAGGAUUAUAAUAGUAUUAAUAAUAAUAAUAAUAAUAAUAAUAAUAAUAAUAUCAGUGUGCUCGGAAUUUUGUUUCAAGUUAAAAUAUUUAACUGUAGAACAAAUUAUAUUGUAAAUAAACAAAUCGAUAUGUACAGAUCAAUUUAUUUACUUCAUUUUGAGUCGAAGAAUAUUAAUCGAUUAUUCAGUGUUAUCAUUAACAGAUGACAUGAUCUCAUUGUGUCGAGAGUUGUGCAACAGUGUAUGUUUGAUUCAUGAAGAUGAA